UGCUCGGUGGUCCCGAAAUCUAGGGAAGUCGUUUUCGCUUCGUUUUUGCCGGCUCUCGAGCGCUUCCCCCCUGGCGGGUGGGAGUGCAGAGAGGAAAGCGCAAGAUGAGCACCAUGUUCGCAGACACACUGCUCAUCGUUUUCAUCUCCGUGUGCACGGCUCUUCUCGCCGAGGGCAUAACCUGGGUCCUGGUUUACAGGACAGACAAGUACAAGAGACUGAAAGCGGAGGUGGAAAAACAGAGUAAAAAAUUGGAAAAGAAGAAGGAAACAAUAACAGAGUCAGCUGGUCGACAGCAAAAGAAGAAAAUAGAGAGGCAAGAAGAGAAACUGAAAAAUAACAACAGAGACCUAUCAAUGGUCCGGAUGAAAUCCAUGUUCGCAAUUGGCUUUUGUUUUACUGCCCUAAUGGGAAUGUUCAAUUCCAUAUUUGAUGGUAGAGUUGUGGCAAAGCUCCCUUUCACCCCCCUUUCCUACAUCCAAGGACUGUCCCAUCGAAACUUGCUGGGGGAUGAUACCACGGACUGUUCCUUCAUCUUCCUGUAUAUUCUCUGUACCAUGUCGAUUCGACAGGUGAGCGACCAUAUCCACCAUUAAAUAUAUACAUCCUUC